AUGCGCACAGCAUCCGUCGACGAGGUGAAGUCGAGCAGCGACGCCGCUAGCCGGGAGCAUUCCCGCGCUGGCGCCUCGGCACGUCCACCAACCAUCUGCACCCCCCGUCCCGACGCGGGCACACACUACUCCCUCCAGGGCUAUCACAUCCACAGCGCGCCCGGUGUGGAGGCCACGCAGGGUCAAUCACACUCUCUGCUCUAUCCCCCCAAUGCUACUGCGGCUGCUGGCGAGAAGACCUCCUUUGCCCCCCAGCCUGAAGCGCUGAAACCCACCGCUGCCAUUCCUGCCCUCGACUCGUUCAAGCGCCAUUGGUACAAGGACUGGUUCAAGGACCGAAUGGUCGAAAAGUCCGACCCCUUUGGUUUCUCGUCUACCGGCACCAGCAGAAACAUUACUCGCACCCAGACUCCAGUGCCUCCCCUGGAGGGAAAUUACGAGGCCGCACGAAGAAACAGCAUCGUCGCUGCAAACGAAGCUAUUGAGGAUUCAUUUCAACCUGACAGUGAGCUGUUCAUUCUACGAUAUUCUGCGGUACCCUCUGACAAGUACCUCCAAAAGGAUUCAAAUUUGCAAUGA